AUGGGAAUCUCUAGUAAAUUCUUGUACCUGGCUCUUUUUGUCUUGAGCAUUGCUAGUGAUUUGAAUGGCAUUGAUUAUGGAGGUGAUAUGGGUGAUGAAAGCAACUAUGGUGGCCGAAGUGGAUGGAAGUCUGACAACGAUGAUAACAGUGAUAAUUGCUAUAAAAAUUGGCGAAGUUGUGGAAGCUUUUUCGGGAAUGGUAGAGAUUUUAGCACCCAAGGUAAAGGGGGUAGUCAUGGUAGUGGUGGUGGAGGAGGAGGAGGAGGUGGAGGUGGUGGAAGUCAUGAAGAUGAAGGAGGUGGACAUGGAGAAGGGUAUGGGGCUGGAGCAGGUGGUGGUGAUGCUAGUGUAGGAGGAGGAGGUGGCGGCGGAGAUGGUGGAGGUGGUGGAGAUGCAAGUGGUGGGUUUGGUCAUGGUAAAGGUUAUGGAUUUGGGGCUGGUGUUGGUGAAAAUGGUGAUGCGGGUGGAGGAGGAGGAGGAGGAGGAGGAGAGGGUGGCGGUGGAGGAAAAGGGGCCAGUGGAGGAUUUGGUCAUGGAAGUGGAUAUGGUGCUGGAGAGGGUAUUGGAGGUGGAGGUAAUGCAAGUGGUGAUGUUGGUGGUGGUGGUGGUGGAGGGGCAGGAGGUGGUGGUGGGGGAGGAGGGGCAAGAGGUUCAAGCCAAGGGUAUGGUCAUGGAAGUGGUUUUGGAGUAGGUGGUGGUGGUGGUGGUGGUGUAGGAGAAGGGGAAGUAGGUGGCGGUGGCGGAGGUGGUGGAGGUGGAGGUGGUGGGAGUGGUUCUAGUGGUGGGUAUGGUCAUGGUAGUGGCUUUGGAGCAGGUGGUGGUGUAAGUAGCAAUAGAGGAGGAGGUGGUGGUGGUGGUGGUGGUGGUGGUGGAGGAGGAGGAGGUGGCGGCAGCGGGGGUGGUGGUGGAGGAGGAGGAGGGGGAGGUGAUAGUAGUGGUAAUGGUGAAGGAUAUGGACAUGGUGAAGGUGGUGGUUUUGGAGUUGGUGGGGGCAAAGCUGGAGCGCCUACAGGACAGGGACAAGGUGGUUACAAGGGUCAUAAUAGCAACAAUGGCGUUAGCAUGGGAUUUGGAUUUGGCAUUGGCUUUGGGUUUGGUAUAGGAAAUGUUGAAGGUAAUGAUUCAAACGAUAGUGAUAAUGGUAAUCCUUAA